CGUCGCUAUGACGUCACCGCGCGGUGUGCUGCUCGGUGUUUAUGGCUGUAAUCCUGUAUUAUGAAGCUGAUCGUCUCCAUGGCGUAACUGGCAGGCACAGAUGACCAUCUCCAGGGCAAAGGUGUGCCUCCCAGGCGUGUAGACUGUAUAAAACCGAUGGAGGUGAUGGAAAGUCCUCUGAAUCUCGCUCAUCAGCAGAGCAGGAAGGCAGACCGGUUGUUGGCAGCUGGGAAGUAUGAAGAAGCUAUCGCUUGCCAUAGGAAAGCUGAAGAUUUGCUUAGUGAAGCCAUGAAGCCAACGCAGUCUGAGCAGGCUCACCUGUCGCUGGAAUUACAAAGGGACAGUCAUAUCAGACAGCAGCGACUGAUUGAAGAGAAGUGGAAACAGGCCAAAAGAGAAGGGAAGAGAGUCCAUAAUCACAGCCUAACCCCAGCAGACAGAGAUGUAGCUGCAUAUCCCAUGAAUUCUCCAAAACCUUCCUUGACAGAAACAGACAGUGGCCACAAAGCCCUGGGCUCAGCUCUGGAGCGGUUUGGACCUGUGGAGCGUGAAUAUGACACUUGGCUGUACUUACUCAAGAACAAAGGGGCUGCUUUGGAGACCUGCACAGGGAGCAAAGCCCUCAAGGAUGACAAGACUAGACUAGAAGAACAAGAGACUGCCAUCGCCGACCUGAAAAAGCUGGUGGACUUCCUUCUAGCUGAAAAUGAGAAAGUUACACAGGAGAACCAGCAGCUCAAAGCUGAAAAUGCAAGGCUGAAAAAAGCCUCGCUAGAGAAGGAGCCCUAUGCAGAUGCUGACUUUGUAGAGAAAUCUGAGCUGUGGGGACUGCCUCAGCCCUCUGACGAUAGGAAGGCAAAGGACAUUCCAAUACCUAAUCUUCCUCCUUUAGAAAUGCCCACUCAAGACAUUUCACUGGAUGAUCUCCCUGCUUUAGAGCUUCCGGAAGACAUUCAGGCUGAACUUCAAGAGCUAAUGAACAUGAAGAGUGCCAGGGACAAAGAAAGGGAGUUUGGCGCUCACAAGGCUGGUAUAUGAGGAAAAAAAAAACAAACCCAUUGCAGGAUGCGUUCAGUGGCUACCCUGCAGAUAGUGUGACACUGUCGAGCAUUAUUUUUUACAGUACUCCAGUAAUUUAAUACUCUAUAAUUUACUGCAGCUGUACUUGUUAAAAUCUUAGAGGGAUCUGUGCCUUUGCUAAAAGAAAUGUGCUUGUGUGGCUGUCUUGUAGUGUCCUAAAAUUUGAAAUAAAAAUAAAAGAAAUCUCCAGCUUCUGAAGAAUCGUAGAUGUGAAUUCCAAGCUGACAUUCCAUCAGACUUGCACUGGGUGAAACCUGGAAUCGCAUUAUACCCUUGUCCUGUGAAAGUGUAGUUCCCUACUAAUGUUCUAAGAAAAUGAAAAGGUGUGCCAUUCGUACACAAAGGUUUAUGUGCAUGUUUGGGGAGCAGAAGUAGAAGGGUUGUGGGUGGGGGUAGUAAAAGAAGAGUUUCUGUUUCUGAUAUAUUCCUUUUAUUACUUUCUAAAUAUAUUGGUUGCUACAUUUACACAAAUGGAACAGUGACUGAGAUCAGUUAUGCCACAUAAUUAAAUGGGGUAACUGGAAUUUGCAGUAAGCCCCUAUGUGACGCUGAGCUAUAGUAAUCUCUUAAUGGCCUGGCUCAUAUUCAUGAGGUGGUCUUGCGUUGGUCUAAAUAAACAGUUUGAGAUCCCAACAUCUAACUUGAUGUACUGUAAUUUAAAUUAAUCUCUUAUAAAAUAUUCUAAUAACCCAUGCUGCAAUAAAAGCCCUUUUAUACUGUGAUAUGUAAAAGUUGCCUUCGGCCCUUUGAAUGCCUAGUUUAAACUAUAGAAGCAUAGUAGCAUUCUUUACUUUCAAAUCAUAAUUUGUAUUCCCAGCUGAGGAUUCUUCUCCCCAGCUAAACGAUGUUGUGGAGCUGGUCGUCCGUUAUGUCACGCUUAAGAGUUUUGCUAGCGAAUUCAGAUAACCUUUUAUUCAGUUGUAAAAAUUGCUAGUAGCACUCUUUAGUAAUUUAUACGUUUAUUGAUCGUGUCAGAAUAUUUGGGUAAAUGAAGGCUGUAUGUCUGCAUGUCACAUUUUUACAUAUAUCAAGUGCAUAUUCAGUUGUUAUGACACUUGGUUUGGACAUUAUUUUGCACAAGUAGCACGAACUGCAUGUGAAGGUGUAACAUUUUUACAUUUGCAUUGCAUACAGUUGAUGUACAGUAGGUGAAGGUGAUCCACUUUUUGAUGUUACUGAGGGCUCUGAUUUUGUAUUUGCAGCUACGGUGGGGUUGUGAUAACAAUAGUGAAUCCUGUAGCAUUGGUGAAAAUGUAGCUAAGAUCAAUAGCAGCCUUUCUGUCAAUACUGCAAGUUACUGGCUUAUAUGAAAGGUGUAUCCAGUACCUCAUCAUGUGAUUUUUUUUUUUUAUAUAUAUAUAAUUUUUGUGGUCACUAAGUUAAUUUGUACUGUAAUCAGUCAGCUACUGCACACACAAGUUAUGUUUUAUACCAGACAAACCUACUUUUUCAGGUAACUGCAUUUUAAUAUGCAGAAUCAUCCAGAAGUAAAACUAUAUCAGGGUGCAUUUCUAAUUUUAAGCACUAACCUUGGAGUGCUCAGUUUGUGCCAUGUAUUUGAGCUCUUAAUGUGAUGCAAGUUAUUGAGCCAGUUGUAUGAAUGGCUUAUAUUUGUUUUAUAAAGAGGGAACCAAAUCAGCAAUGUUUUUAUGAUUGGUUUACAUAACAAAGUAAUCAGGGUACAACAGAUAUAUAUUUUUUUGUAUUAUUGCUUGAUGUUGAUGCAUGAAUGAAUAAAUGCUAGUUGUAAGUAUAUGAUCUUUAAGAAUACAAUAAAGACAAUUUAUUUAAAGACUGUUCAAUUCAUUUUAAUCUUUCUUUAGGGAGUCUGAAGUAGCUAUACACAGGUGUGUGGGAUAUUUUAUAAGAGAUCAUCUCAUGCAGUUUAAGCACUUCUGGCUGCUCAAACUGGUAAAUAGGACUUGCUAUUUGGAAUGCCAAAUUUUACAUUCCACUUUGUUUUUUCCUGAUGUAUGACUGUCAAUAUAGAAUCGCUAUUUGAAUAGGUUCCAGCCCUGUACGCUAGUCA